AUGCGCGGGUGUUUGUCUUUUGCCUCCUUUUCUGUGUUCUUAAAUGGGAGACCGAGAGGGAAAUUUAAGGGUUCUAGAGGCCUUCGCCAAGGGGAUUUCCUCUCACCUUUCUUGUUUACCUUGGUUGCUGAUGUUUUGGGUAGGAUGGUGGAUAAGGCCAAGAGCGUAUCGGCUUUAGGAGGUUUCAAAGUUGGAAAAGAUUUCGUGGAAGUCAGCCAUCUUCAGUUCGCAGACGAUACGAUCUUUUUUGUGGAAGAUAAUGAGCCGCUGUCAGCUUUGUUGGAUAUUCUGAAAGCCUUUAGUGUGGUUUCUGGACUUUCUAUUAAUUUGCAUAAAUGCCAAUUGUUGGGGAUUAAUUUGGAGGAGGAUUUAGUGGAACUUUGGGCAAGGGAUAUUGGGUGUGAGGUGGGUCAGUGGCCUAUGAAGUAUUUGGGUCUUCCUUUGGGGGCUUCCCCUCGCAACAAAGGAUUUUGGGAGCCCGUGGUUUCUAGCUGUGCUAAGCAGUUGGAUAGGUGGAAGUGUGCCUUCCUUUCAAGGGGAGGUAGAUUGACACUCAUUCAAUCGAUUCUUUCUUCUAUACCGGUUUACUAUUUGUUGCUGUUCCGUAUUCCUAAAGGGGUGGUAGAAGUUUUGGAAAAGUUGAUGCGGGACUUUCUUUGGGAAGGAGCGGAUCACGCUAAGUCGGAUCAUUUGGUCUCUUGGAAAGAAGUCUGUAAAUCUAGGGACCACGGUGGCCUUGGUAUUGGCAAUCUGGAGGCAAGAAAUAAGGUCUUGCUCAUGAAGUGGUUGUGGCACUUUUCGUUGGAGAAGAAAACUUUGUGGCAUAGAGUGGUGCUGAGUAGGUACGGGGGGGAUGGAGGGUUUUGGGACACGGGUAGAGGAGGGAGGCUGUCAGCUCGGGGUCCAUGGAAAAAUAUUUCUUCUCUCUAUGAGGAUUAUCUUAAGCUGGUUAGUUUCAGGGUGGGGAAAGGGGAUCGUAUUCGUUUCUGGGAAGACACGUGGAUUAACGGGGCUCCUUUAAAGAAUCAAUUCCCAGAUUUAUUCUUGAUUUCUACGUCCAGCAACUGUUUGGUUAAGGAUGUGGUGGUUUUUGGGGGUGAGUCGGGCUUGGAAACUCAGGGUUGGGAUUUGCGCUUUAGAAGGAAUUUGUUCGAUAGGGAGGUCACCAGUCUUACUUAG